UUGUUUGAUUUUUCUGGAUUGAAUUCGCGUUUCCGCGGGGCAAAAUCCAGAGAGAUUUUGUAAUAAGCUUCUGGAUUUGACUCCGGCGAUUUGAUUGAUACCCAGCUGACUCUACUUCUCUGAUCUUUCUGGGAUGGACGAAGAGAAAUCUCAGGAAACACGUUCAAUCAGUUUUUCGAAGGCUAGCCCAGAACCCAUUAGACUGCCACCAGAAGCUAGCCCCGGUUAUCAAUCCUCCCCUGGUGGUGAAGAUACAUUCCUAAGUCCUGACUCAUCUUCAGGACGUAAAAAGGUUGAAAGUAUUAACGUUUCUUCAAAUAUAGAGAAGGAUGGUUCAAGUAAAGAGCUUGAAAAGCCCGAAUCAAAAGUUCAUAUUGAUACAGCUUCGCCUUUUGAAUCUGUUAAGGAAGCUGUUUCCAAGUUCGGUGUGAUUGUCGACUGGAAAGCUCACAGAGCUCAGAGCAAUGAGAGACGAAAAUAUAUAGAAGAAGAACUUCAGAAAGCAGAGGAGGAAAUUCCUAUUUACAAACAAAAGUCUGAGGAAGCCGAACAAGAAAAGGAGCAAGCAUUAAGGGAUCUAGCCAACACCAAAAGACUCAUACAAGAGUUAAAACUUAAUCUUGAGAGAGCCCAAACAGAAGAACGCCAAGCUAAGCAAGAUUCUGAACUAGCCCAACUACGAGUCGAAGAAAUGGAACAAGGAAUCGAGGAUGAUUUAAGUGUAGCAGCAAAAACACAGCUUGAAGUUGCCAAAGCUCGACAUCAAGCAGCAGCUUCAGAACUAAUAGCUGCAAAAAAUGACUUGGAAGAAACCCGGAAAGAUUACCAAACAUUAAUAUCUGAAAGAGAUGCUGCAUUACACAAAGCGCAGGAAGCAGUUGCAGCAGCCAAAAAUAUCGAAAGAGAAGUAGAAGAUUUGACGAUCCAACUUAUAACAACAAAAGAAUCAAUAGAAUCCAUGCAUGCUUCUCAUUUAGAAGCCGAAGAACAAAGAAUUCAAGAAGUUAAUGAAAGAGAUCAAGAAGCUUUAAAGUGUGAGCAAGAGUUGAAAGAAGCUGAAGAGGAGUUAGAAAAAGUAAAAGAGCAAAUCGUCUUAGCGAAAGAUGUAAAGGCAAAACUAGAAACUUCUUCGGGCUUGCUUCAAAACUUAAAAGAUGAAUUAGCGAUUUAUAUGCAAGGAAAGAUGCCUGAAGAAUCCGAAGCUGAUGAGAAAUUCACCCGUGGAGAUAUACAAUCAGGCGUUGCUAUAGCUAAAAAGAAUCUUGAUGAAGUGAACCAUAAUAUCGAAAGAACAUCAGAAGAAAUCAUGUGUUUAAAAACAGCUGCAAAGUCGUUAACUGCUAAGUUGGAGAGUGAAAAACAAGUUUUAACGAAUGUAAGAAAGCAAAAAGGGUUGGGGGCGGGGGCAGUUGUAAAUCUUGAAUCUGAGCUGAAACGAACCCGAAUAGAGCUUGAUAAUAUUCGGAAAAGAGAAAAAGAAGCCCGAGAAAAGCUUGUCGAACUCCCGAAACAAUUACAAAAAGUAAGUGAAGAAGCUGAGGAUGCCAAAUCGUUAGCAGAAGGUGCCCGUUUAGUGUUGAUAAAAGCAAAAGAAGCAGCAGAACAAGCCACGAGUGGCGUGAGUUCAAUAUCAGCACGGAUAGAGGCUACUCAAAAGGAGAUCGAUGCCGCACGUGCUCAAGAAAAGUUGGCUUUAGGUGCCAUUAAUAUGCUGCACGAGAGCGAGUCAGCCCGUGGAAAAAAGGAUGACCCAAAAGGUGGGGUCACAAUCUCGUUAGGGGAAUAUUACGAAUUAAGUAAGCAGGCCCAUGAGGCAGAAGUGGCAGCUAAUAAACGUGUAGCUGAAGCCAUGGCUAAGAUUGAUGAAGCCAAGGACUCAGAAAUGCAUAGUUUGAAUAAACUUACACAGCUCAAUUCCGAAUUGGCUGCUAAAAAGGACGCUUUGAAUGUUGCAUUGCAAAAGACUGAAGUUGCUAAAGAAUCCACAAUGAAUAUAGAAGAAGAGCUUAAGGUUCGAAAGGGUGAAAUCGAUCCAAGCCAAAAGAAUGAGGGUCGUAAAGGGUUGUUUCAUCGUUUAAGCCAAAAGGGGAACCAAGAUUCACCGUCACAUAACACCGGUACAUCGUCUAAUACAAAGAGUAGUGGCCCAGAAGAUGAUAGUAACACAAGCGAAUCGUCUACUGAUACUAAGGGUGGUUUGUUAAAGAAGAAGAAGAGGAUGAUAAUGCCAAAGUUUUCGUUCGUGUUUAUGGGGAAAAAGAAGCCACUUUUCCACAAGAAUUCUUAA